UUGAAGUGUCGAAAGGGGGCGGUAGUGCGCCAACGCUUCGGUUGCCUCCUUGGAUUUAGACGAACAAGAAGAAGAAAGUAGCUACAAGCUACUGCUAACGUUGCUAACAGGAGGAGGCAGUCAAAUCCCGUCAUGGCCACACCGGUGUCAGUGCUCCGCCUACCAAAAGGUCCUGUCCCGAACAGCCGUGGGUUCGACCCCAAUUCGCCUCGCUUCAUCGCUCUAUGCCGCACGUCCAUCCCCACUUCAGCUGCAGCCCAGUCGGACCCCGAGCAGCUGCAGGAGGAGCAGCAUGCACGCUCCGUGCUGAGAGAGCGCUUCCUGCGCUGUCUGCUCGCCAUGACCAACAAGAAAGUUCAGUUUCACAUGCACGAGAAGGUGAACGUCGAGGCCACAUUCGGGGCGUCGGACAUUGACGUGCUGAACUUUCAGGUGUCCGACCUGCACACUCCCAUCGGGGUGCAAAAAGAGGCCCUCAUCAGAUGUCAGGAUGUCAUUUCAUUUACAUUUGAUGUAUGACGACACUCUGGGCCUGAUUCCUGUCAGAAGCACUUUACCAUCUCUGUUUUGAGUCUCUGAAAUACUUCAUUAAAGUGUUUUUUUUUUAUGUUCCUA